AUGGUCAUCAUAUUGAAACCCUCGCAAACAGCACCAGACUCAGCAGAGAUUCUCAAAGCCCAUGAUGGAUGGCUGAUUGGAAUGAGCGGAUACAACUUAUUUGCUCUUAAAACAAUAGGCGGGUUAGAUGGUUAUGUUGGAGAUAUUGGAGCUUUGGUUGAUCAUCGGUUCGCAAGGAAGGGGUAUGCUCUCGAUGCCCUUGAGGGUUUGAUUGAGCAUGGAUUUGGAGAGAUGGGGCUGGGCGGUAUGUUCUUGGAGACGAACGCAGAUAAUGAGCCGUUCAAAAGAUUGAUGAGUCUCAUGGAGCUAGAUGAUGUGCGCGAAUACUGUCCAGACGACAAAGGGAGCUUCACGUAUACAUUUGGGAAAGGGAAGUGGGAUGCUGCUAAAGCGGUCCUAAGAAUGAAGGGUAAGUGGCUAAUAUAG